CAAAAGCAGUCAGUUCAAAGGUCCCACACUGCAAGGUAAGAUCCGUAAUUUAAAAUAACGCUAAGGGUGAUACGGUCAAACACUUUCUCGGCGCCGCGUACAUCACUUGUGCAGCUCGCUUGCGCGAUUAAACGUGCGGUGGUGCUGUCGCCGGAGCGCUGCUGCGCAUCUCUACUGCUUCCUCCUACGCCUUCUCUCUUUCAGAAUCCUGUAAGCUUACGGUGAAAACGGUGAGAAGCUUGCUCUGGCUGGGGUGUGAUGUCCAGCAGGAACAUCAUACUCCUGGAGUUGAAUGGCGAAGGCGAGGCGAAAGGAGAAACUAGGGUUUCUUCCACGUGUUUUCGAGAUUGGAAGAAUUUGAGCUCCCGCUCUGAGAGAAUUUUUCCAUUCUAUGCGAUGGGGAAAUCGAAGCCGGACGCUCCUUCUUUGAUGUCUCUCUCUGCUUCUGAUUCUGCGUCUGAUCCCAUAUGGGAUACCAUCAGAGCUGAGGCUAAGUCGGAGACUGAAAAGGAGCCAAUAUUAAGUAGCUUCUUGUAUGCUAGUAUCUUAUCUCAUAACUGUCUGGAGGAGGCUCUAGGAUUUGUACUAGCUAAUAGACUUCAGGAUCCAACGUUAUUGGCAGCACAAUUAAUGGAUAUUUUUGAAAAUAUUAUAAUGAAUGAUAGAGGAAUUCAACAAUCCAUUCGCCUAGAUCUUCAGGCAUUCAGAGAUAGGGAUCCUGCUUGUGCAUCAUAUAGCUGGGCAUUAUUGUACCUUAAGGGUUAUCAUUCUUUGCAGUCAUAUCGAGUAGCCCAUGCUUUAUGGAACCAAGGACGCAAAGUAUUAGCAUUGGCAUUGCAAAGUCGCAUUAGUGAGGUUUUUUCAGUGGAUAUACACCCAGCGGCAAAAAUUGGAGAGGGAAUUCUAUUGGAUCACGCGACUGGUCUAGUUAUUGGUGAAACUGCUGUUGUUGGUAACAAGGUUUCAUUGAUGCAGGGUGUCACAUUAGGUGGAACAGGCAAGGAAGUUGGAGAUCGCCAUCCCAAAAUUGGUCAAGGGGCCCUUAUUGGAGCUGGCGCAACAAUUCUUGGAAACAUUAUUGUUGGUGAAGGAGCUAUGAUUGCUGCUGGUUCCCUCGUACUGAAAAAUGUCCCUUCUCACAGCAUGGCUGUAGGUAAUCCAGCAAAGAUAAUAGGGUAUUUAGAUGAAGAAGAUCCAUCUUUAACAAUGAAACAUGAUGCUACAAAGGGUUAUUUUGAGAAGCUAGCUAUCAGUUCAACUGACAUAAAAUCCAAUGGUGUAUGCCAUAAUACUUCUCCGUAUAUUUAGUUCUGGAACUGAAAUCAUCAGUGCUUUAUUGGUGCAAUAAAAUGCCUCUGACAAAUGCUGAACCCUGGCUGCAGAUUUAUUCUGGUUAGUGCUAUCCAUGUUUAAUACACAACUCAUUUUGGUCUGUUGGUUGGGAGCUUAGACUAUCAAUUAAGAGGUCUUGAGUUCGAGUCUUGUGUUCGCAUUGUGUGUAUGAGUCUGCCUUAAUUGGCCUAAAUACCCC